UCCGUCUCCGCGCGGGGCGCUAAAGAGUCCCCGCCGGACCGAAAAGGCCGAAAGGAGCGCGCGCGGGCCAUGGCGGCCUCCCGGCUACCCCCGACGGCCUUGAGCCUGAAGCAGUUCCUGAGAAGACAGCAGGUUCUUCAGCUGUACAGGAAAAUCCUCAGGACCAUUCGUCAGGUCCCCAGUGAAGCUGAUCGUCGUUACAUGAGAGACUGGGCAAGAGAAGAUUUUAAACGGAAUAAAGAGGCUACAGAUGAGGAUACAAUUAAGAUGAUGAUCACUCAGGGCAACCUACAGCUUCAGGAGCUUGAGAGAACACUAAAAUUGGCAAAAUCCUAGGCUUAAUUCGGCUUACAAGUCAAAGUAAUUUUUCAUUGUAGCUAACUACAGACAUUAAGCUGGAGGAGCCUUGCGAAGAAUGUCAUGGUGUCCUGUACACACUUCUCAAAAGUCAGACAGAAGACCUGCUGAAUACUCUCUGUUAUGGUAUAAAUGCUGAAUUUCUGAA